AAAGUGACAGGCAACCAGAGCAGAAAUCCAUCCACACGAUACCCCCUAAAAACUCUCCUUUUUAUAAAAGGACGAGCUCACACCUCGAGAAAAUCUAAAGCAAUCCGGCUGCAGAAUGAACCGCACCGUAUUGUUAGUGCAAUCGUUGUUGUUUCUUUGGUUUAUUGGUGUUGUGUACAGUGAACAUCAGAAGAGACAUGUGCAUCACAAGAUAAUAUUGGAGGAUGAGCGUCCGAAGAGGCAUCAUCAUCACCAUCAUCAUAACGAACACAGGCAACAUAAGAAGAAAAAACAACAUAAUAAAGGGCACGAUACUCACCAUUAUAAUCAUCAUGUUUUCCAUAAGCACAGCUUUGAAGACUCAAGUAAAGAUAACAGCUAUGAAGUGUUUUCAAAACCUAAGCGGCACCAUAAAUAUUCGAAACCCGCUUAUGAGUCCUCAGAAAGAUCGGUGGAAAUCAGCGAACCAUACAGGAAACACCACAAUCACAGACAUGAGUGGAAGCCUCUUUUGUCUUAUGACGAUUCAUCUUUAUCAGUAACUCACCGUUAUGAAAGUGGAAGUCCCAAACAAGACUACACCAAUAAAUACUUCUCACAAUCUGCUUUUAAUAUAGAUAUAACAACAGCGAGAACUCCAAGUCAUCAGUCUAAGUUUGACACAUCAUUUUAUCCGCCGAUUGAUUAUUUUAAUCAAAAGUCGACCGCAGUGCCAAAAUUCGAAAACAUAUUCGAAGAGAGCAAGACUGUUAUAGACAAAAAGAAACCACCGACAAAGAUAAAUUCGACUUUCUUCACUGAAAAUUUACGCAGUUACGAAGUCACUGAAGCAAAUACAGAAAUAAUCAAGCCUUUUGUAAUCAACACAACAGAAUCCAAUUUAUUCAACACUAAGUUCAAGCCGUUUACGGUGAAUGUAGAGGAGACAAAGCCGGUUGAAAGUAAUAUUUCAUUCAAGAGAGGAAGAAUCGUUAGAGGAAAGCGUAAACACAAUUGAAUUUCGUCAAAUAUAUUUUGUAUAAGAAAAUAAUAAAAAGAUACCUAUCUAUUAUUUAUUUUACAGUAAGAACAUAGAUAACGUUGUAUUUAAUGGUUAUAAUUAUUGUUUUUAAUUAUUAGUUUUUAAUUAGACUGAUUUUGUUGAUCUAUUAUCUAACACUAUGUUAUGCUUAAUAAACCGUACCAGUGAAUGUAUGCUUCUAUGCUGCUCUGUUUGUUCAAUUGCAAUAUGACCUGCUUUGUAUGUUUAAAAUAUGUUAUAAAAAUACACAAUUAUUAAAACAAAAUGAAAAAUAAAGACACAUACAUGUAGACCUCUUGUUAAUUUUUUUUUUGAAUAUUUUCUUAAGUACUAUAUCCAAGGUAUUUUCAAAGUGGUUAAAAUUUGUAUGCAGGUAGAUCAAACAAUAAUAAGGAAAACCUUUAUUUAAUUUUUUUGUCUUGAAGGAAACACCGCCCUCCUCUUUAAAUUUCUGAGACUGUUUUUUUCGUAAAAGUUGGUCCAAUCUUACUCGAGAGUACUUCUUUUUUUAAUUGUUCAAAGAAAAUUAAAAAAAAAUGUUUUAAAAAUAGAGAAAUACGGGAAUCCUUCAAAAUUUACACUACUCUAUCGUUAAGGAAAAGGUUUACUACAUUGAUA